GGCUCACCGUUAGAUCAACUCUGUAUAAGCGAAUCGCGUCUAGUUUACUCCGAAGUGUCCCAAAUAAGAAAUAUUUGUGUGCUAUUACACAUAUUUUCAAGAAACAAAUGUUUACCCUUUACCAAGCAAGGCGUCCAGCGUCGCCUCAUCCGGAUUUACCGAAAAGUGUUUGCGGAGCCUGCGCUGUUUGUAAAACACGCCUGAACUCUUCUUCAGACCCAAAACUUCUGCCCUGCCUGCAUACAGUUUGUAAAGCUUGCAUUACGAAGACCUACACCGAUGAAUGCUCACACGAAUGUCCAUUGUGUGAGCAGUCCUUCCGUUUGUUUGAGAUCACGGAAUGCGUCAUUUUUGAAGAUUUGUCUCACAAUAACGAGCCUCUCAAGUGUUCUGGGUGUGAAGAAAAUGAGGUUGGUGGAUGGUGUGUUCAGUGUGAGGAGGCUCUGUGUUUGGACUGCGUGUCUGCCCAUCGUAGGGUAAAGGUGACCCGCGACCAUGAAGUCAUACCCAAAAAACCACCCACAGGUUGGAUGCAGAGAAGACGCUGUCCCUUGCACAAACAGGAGAGCUUGAAAUUCUUCUGUCUUGUCUGUGAUGAGCUUACCUGUAGAGACUGUCAGCUGAUCACCCAUAGGGGCCACAGUUUUAUGCAGGAGGAGGAAGCUGUGAGAUCUCAGAGACAACAACUGCAAAGUUUACUGGCGUCCAUCAAACAGCGCAAAGAGACAGUCAACACCAGCCUGCAGCUCCUAGAGACAAGAUUACGUGACAUUGAGAUGGUGAAGGUAGAAGCAAGAAAGAGGAUAACAAAGGUGGUCCAUUCCGUUUAUCAGACUUUAAUUCUGAGAGCUAAUGAGAUCUUAAAUGAGAUUGAGGCUCUGUAUGCGGAGGAGGUGAAAAGUUUGAUGCUGCGGAAGACAUCUCUAAACAGAAUAGAAGGCUCUCAGGACUAUGUAACUGCUUUUAUUGACAAGAUCUUAAGCACAGAGGGCCAUUGCCUUCUGGUCCACAAAAAAAGAAUUGAGACCCAGGUGAAAAAGCUUCUGUCCCAGAAGACGUGCCCACCUGAGACCAUGAUUGAACUGCACCUUCAGUUUCAGAAAGAACUCCUUGAAAGCAUCAAUAAAUGGGGAUUGAUGAGGGUUAAAAAUGUUCCUGUUCCAUUUAACUGUUCGACAACUGGUUACAAUACAUCUGUAUUUGAAAAAGCUUCAAAUCCUCCAUUAGAGAGAAUAAACUCUAAUUCUCCUGUAACUGCCAUUGAUGCAUCUGCCUCCUCAAGUUCCCUGCAGGAAAGUACCACUGCUCAGUCAAUAACCCCUUCAUCUAAAUCUCAUUCUCAGCCUCGUCUUCUACCAAAGAUGCUCAUUACACGGCAAAAAAAAAAUACACCCAAGUCAGCCAACCCUGGGAAGACCUGGACAUUACACUAUUACCCUGCCAUGCAAGUCUCCAUCCAGACACCUAUGCAGACCCACGCAGUACCAACCAACACCCAAACACCUGUACUCCUCCACCCAAUACUAGCCAACAACCAAACUGCACUUAACCUCCCAAAUCCAGUUAAAAACCAAACCCCUUUACUCACCGAGCCAAUGCUAGCUAUACCAACUGCCACUCAAUCAUCUGUACUCACCUGCCAAAUACCAGUCAACAACCAAACACCCAUACUCACUCACCCAGUACCAGUCAACAAACAAUCACCUGUGCUCACCCACCUAAUACCAGUUAAUGAUCAAUCACUUGGACUCACCCAAUCAAUACCAGCCAACAACCAAACACUUACACUCAACCACCCAGUAUCAAACAUACAAACUGACACACAAACACUUGUACUUAACCAUCCAUUGUUAACCAAUAUUCUGGGACACGUGCAUACUUUUGCAACACAACCCAAUAUUCCCUUAACUGUUGCUUCAACAAGGAACAAUUCUCAUACCAAUGAUCUUUCCAAAUUGAAUCUCUCCGUUCCAGCCUGUAACACCAUACCAAGCACAACUAUUGAUUCUUCAAUUCCUGUAAACUCAAUGCAGUCUGCUCCGAUUGGAGGCAAUGACACCUUCCAGAGUCAGAAAAUCCUGCAACAUAGCACAGACCCCAAGGCUAACCUCACUGUCAAGGCCUUUGCUGACUCUGCCUGUGAUCAAGAACCUGGUGUGAGCAGUACAAACUUCACAGAUAUGGAUCAUCCAGAGAUUAACUCCACUGUGCCAGAGACCGAUCCUGAAGAACCUUUGCCAGCCAUUGAGAAAGAUACCGUAAACUCCGCUGUCCCAUCCAACACUCAUCAGGCUCCUCUCACCACCACCAACUCCACAGAGGAAUGUUCUCUGGUACAAAGUUCCCACUCUCUGUUGAGAUCACCACCAAAGGGCGGCCAAGCUCAAACCAAUCAUUCAUCCACAGGGAACUACUCUGGACCAAAACGAUGGAGUGAUGGCAUGCCAACAAGUUUCAGGCAAAUUUUGGAGGGAACACACAGACCUUUUAGCUUGAUAGACAAUUUAAAUGCCAAAUCUCCAGUGGAUUCAAAUCCUUGUAGCACGUCAGAGGCCAUUGGAAGGGAGGUUACAACACAUGACAAGACUGCCCAAAGUUAUUUUUACCAGAUGAUAUCAAAAAAGGAAGAUGUAGAAUCUGCAGUGAUGCUAGAACACACCAAGCAAUUCAAGAGAUUUCUGCAUGUAACCCUGGUGCGCCUGCCCAUCUCUCUCCCUCCAUGUGGGCAGCCACUACCACAGUUCCACCUUACUACGGAUUCCUUCACAGACCACAUCUUAGUUCAAGAAACACAGGGGGGACAGAUUAAGCAGUUGUGGCGAUGGCAGGAAGAUCUAAUAAAACCUAGAGCUUCACCUCUAUCUACAUCCCAAAGUAUCGACAGCCCCCUGGUGUCUGAAGUACAGUUCUGUACUGUGUGCCAGUCGGCAGGAGCCACACAUUUGUGUGCAAAAUGUGGACGUGCUUUUCACUCUGACUGUCACAUCCCCCUGAUCUUCAUAAUACCUUGUGAGGAAUGGGUGUGUUUGCUGUGUCAGGAUGUAAAUGAUGAGACCGUUGUAUAUGGCAGUAUGCAGAUGAUGUCCAGUCUGAGUCCGCAGGAUCAAAGAAAGUGUGAGAAGAUUCUCCUUAGUCUCCUGUGUGAUGAGAACAGGUGUCUGCUCUACAGUGCUACCAAGCAUCACUCAAAAACAGCAGAAUUUGAUAUAGUACUUGGUCGAUUCCUGGGGAAAAGGAAGCCUCCUUAUCGGACUGCUGCUGAACUGGUGUCAGAUGUGUGGACACUUUUUGACAUCCUGACAACAAAACCUGAGAGGAGAGACUUGGUUGUCAGACUGCAAACAGCUUUUCAGCAACAGCUGAAUGAGUCUUUUGGGAAGAGUCUCCAUGCUUCUCUCCUGAGAUACUCAAGUGAGUCCAGUGACAAGGAAUCAAGAAACACCUCAGAUACACAGACUGAAAAAGAGAAGCACAAAAAAACUUUAAAACGGAUGAGACAUUUUUCCUCAACAAACUGUGGUACAGCAACAAAGAAACACUGCACUGAGAGAGAAGGUUGUGGGAACUCUACAUCUAGUGAUCACUAAAUGUAUGAACUGAAUGCAUGAAGUGCAUUGAAAUCUCAUUAAUACUUUCUGUAUAUCUUCUCUUCUUCUUCUUCCUUCUCUUGUGAAGAAGAAACUAGUUAACUUUAUUUAUUAUUGUAAUUUAUGGUUUGUUUAUUUGUCUUUUAAGUACAAUACAUAUUAAAAAGAAAGUGUAGCUUCUUGUCCAAGGUCACACUUAAUUCACUGUUCAUUUCAUAUCCAGAGCUGCUACAUCUAUUUGUACAUUUGUGGUUGCACAUGUCUACAGAUUGAUGUUGUUACGCAGUUCUGCUGGCAGAGGGCACCUUUGUGCUAUUUUGUUUAUACUGGUCAAAGUUGCCUUAUUUAUUUGUGAUGUUUAAUAAAUGUGACAUAAGAGGUUAUAUAGCAUUUAGAUACAUGUAAUAAAUUGACAAAUUUUAAUAUAAAGUUUUGUUGAAAUUUGGAAGUUGAAAAAAAAACAGUUUUUGAAAA